AACCGUCGCCCGCGUACAACGUGUCCUACAUGUUCGCCCCGAACGGAAAUUUCGCGCCAAAGUUUACAUUCAGGAUUGGAAAAUGAGAUUAUGUUUUGAAGUGCAUCAAGUUUGAAAGUGUGGAAACUGCUCGUUCUAGUCAAUUAAACUGAUUAAAGUGUAUCGGCCAACAGAAGUGUAAACGUUUACUUUGUGUGUGCGAUGCAUAACAGUUAAGUUGGAGUUAAGCACUUAUUAAAACUGUGCAUGAUGGGCGCAUAAGAUUUGUUUCCCAGUGUAUAAUUGAUAGAAAGUAUUCGGACUGCCAACAUGGGGACCAAUCGGCUGCUUUCACCAUUUACUUUGCUGCUGAUUUGUACAGCGUGGUGCUCGGUGCGGGCUGAGGAUGAGCAGCACGACGCUCGGGAGGGCGAUGACGUCACGAUGCAGUGCCGCUUCGCCCUGGAGCCGCUCGCCGGCGAGUCCCUCACCUACUACUGGGUGAGGAGCACCGCCAGCGGCCACGACAACGUAGCCAUCGGCAACAUACCGCUCGAGACUAAUUACCAGAUCUCGUACGCGCCGACGGAGGGUCGUUUCGACCUGAUGGUGUCGAAUGUAUCGUACGAGCGGGACAACGGGCGGUUCGAGUGCCGGGUGAAGGCAGGAGGGUCGGGGCGUACGCUGCACGCGCAGGGCCACGCGCUCACCGUGCUGACGAGCCCGCGCGCGCCCGUGCUGUCCCCGGGCUCGCACGCGCAGUCGCAGGAGGGCAGGGAACUCAACCUCUCCUGUUCGUCCUCCGGAGGCUCGCCCGAACCCACCAUCAAGUGGUACCGUGAGGGUUCGACCUACCCAUUGGAUGCGACGAUAGCGCACGCCAAGACCCGGUCGGAGCCGACCGUGGCGACGCUGACGCUGAUGCCGACCAGGGAAGAUGACGGCGCCGUAUUCCGCUGCGUGGUGUGGAACCGUGCCAUGUCCGAAGGCCAACAGCUCGACGCCUCUGUCGAUCUCAGCGUCAAUUAUUUUCCUCGAGUGGAAGUUGCCCCCGAAAAUCCUUUGCGAGUAGAAAUAGACGGAGUUGCGACCAUGGAAUGCAAAGUAGAUGCGAAGCCUAAAGUGAGCACUGUAAGAUGGACUCGAGACGGCAAAUACAUUUCAAAUUCUUUCACACACACGAUUCAAGGAGUUACAGUGCAGGAUGCGGGGAAAUAUACGUGCAGUGCUGACAACGGCUUGGGCCGGCCUGGAGAGAAAGAAAUGUACCUAGAUGUACUUUUCCCUCCUAGUGUCACAGUUGAGUCCAAGACUUAUGAAGCAGAGGAAGGUGGAAAUGUUGAAAUUCGAUGUGAAGUCUCUGCUAACCCUGAACCAACGUCUAUUGAAUGGACGAUGGAAGGGAAACCUGAGUUCCAUCAGAGUGGUAACACUCUCACUUUAUCGAGAGUAAAUGCCGAUAUGGCUGGAACUUAUGUUUGCAAAGCUGUAAAUGUCAUAUCAUCCACUAAUGGAAAACGCACUGAGCGCUCGAACAGCGCAUCUGUAGCUGUGCUCGUGCGACACAAGCCCGGUCGUGCGUACAUAAGCCCUGACAGACCAGUCGCCCAAGAAGGUGCCGGAGUCACUCUUACCUGCAGCGCGAAGCCACCUGGCUGGCCCGCGCCGCAAUACAGGUGGUUCCGAGACAUGGACACAAGUCCGGAUGUAAAGCCUGCAGUGCUAGCGACAGGGAAUCAAUAUUCUAUACCUAGUGCACACCUUGGAAGUGAAGGUGUUUACCAUUGUCAGGCUACAAACGAAUUAGGUCACGGUGAGCUCGCUUCUGUCACACUAGAAGUUCAUCAGCCGCCUCGUUUCCAAACCAAAUUGCAAACACACAUGACGAAACGCUCGGGAGAGCAAGACUUCACGGUCACUUGCAGCGCACUCGGCAAACCGCGACCGAAUGUUAAAUGGUUCAAAGACAAUACGGAGAUUAAAGCUGAUACUAAUUUGUACGAAGUCAAAACUGAUAUAACCGAGAGCAGAAAUGCCGUUUACACUGUUCAAAGUACCCUUAAAUUUAACGGCAAGGCGAGGCCGAAUACUAAUGACCUGUUGCCCGACGAUAGAGGUAUUUAUUCCUGCGCUUUCGAGAACGAGGUCAAAAAAGUCGAGUCUACGAUGCAUCUUCGAAUAGAACACGAACCCAUAUCUAUUCGGCAACAUAAUAAGGUCGCCUACGAUGUUAUGGAAACUGCUGAAAUAUUAUGUAUAGUCCAAGCUUACCCCAAACCAGAGUUCCAAUGGUUUUAUGGAUCGAACACUGCCCCACUGCAGAUGUCUUCAGACGGCCACUACGAAAUAAAUACGACGACAGACAACAACGACUCAUACCGCAGCGUUCUUAAAAUAAAGACCGUAAAGCCUCAAGACUACGGGGAAUAUUACUGCAAAGUGAAGAAUUCGCUAGGGAGCAUACGCCCUCAGAUAAAGUUACAGCCGAAAGGCGCUCCAGAAUCGCCUCGUUUGUUGGAGAGUCAGAAAGUGGGUCCGACGUACGUGACACUGAAGUGGGAGUCUGGGUUUGACGGUGGGCUGUCGAGCACGAAGUACUUCGUGCGUUACCGGCGCGUGUCGCUGCGCGGGCCCGGUUCGUCGGCCAGCGCCGAGCACUGCGCCUCGGACCGCACCUCCGAGUUCGACUGGAUGGAGUACGACUGCGGCCGCAUCAACCCCUGCAACGUUACCCGCCUCGACCAGCACAACACAUACUCCUUCAAGGUGAAAGCGGUGAAUACAAAGGGGCAGAGUAAUUACUCGAAUGAGAUCACGGUGACGACGAAGGUGGAUAAGAUCAACCCGCCGGAGCAGGUGACGUACGACCCGAGCUCGCAGGCCAUCGCCUUCACCGUCACCCCCACGUGCCUGUCCCUGGUCGGCGUCGUCGAGGGACUCGCCACUAUGGGAAGUACAUCGGGAUGGCAGGUGGUAGAUACGGUGACACUUCAUCUGUCUGGUGCUGUGGCUACGGUACAAGAGGCCACUGUGGAACUGCCCAGUAAGACUCGCACAUCGACCCGCCACGUCACGGACCAACCACUGGACGACUUCAACCCUCGCAUACGCCUCAAGCUUUGCCUUCAAGUCAAUCAAGACGUUUGCAGCGAAUACACCGAAGCCGAGAUUGGAACAUCGUAUAUCAAGGAGACAUCGGCUCGCACCACGGCCGCCAUUGUGGGGAUAUUCGUCACUACUGUAGUAGUCCUACUAUUUGUUGGACUAUUGUUACUCAUCUACCAGUGCAGACGCAGGCCCAACAAGAAAGACAGAUCCAAGAACUACGAAAUGGACUCAAUGCGACCAGCUAAAGUGACGCCACAGAACCAAGCGCCGCCGCCGUAUUACCCUAGCUCGGGCAUGGAGAACAAAGCUCUCGAACAUUCCAUGGACAUGGCGCUAUCCAUGGAUGACUCCAAAACUGCGGUGUACGCAACACAGGGAGGGUACUCGUACCACGUGCCUCCACACACGCAACCUCAUCCCGGACAACCGAUGCCGAAUUCCGAUUGGGUAAACAUGGGCUUCAUAGAGAACAGCUACACGAACAGUAACAACGGGGGCAGCGUGAACUCGCAGGACUCGUUGUGGCAGAUGAAAAUGGCGGCGGCGAACAACGCGGCGACUCUGCCCGCGCACCAGGUGCUGGACCGGCAGAGCAACUACGACUACGACCCGAUCUCUCACGCGGGCUACCGCAACAUCGACGACUACGCGCACUACUCGCACCUGCCGCACGCCAGCCAGCCGGCCGCGCCCAGCGACUACGACAUGCGAGCCGCGCAGAACCCCUCCCGCCAGGAGUACUGCUCCGAUCCCUACGCCUCCGUGCACAAACCCAAGAAACGCAUGGAUCAACAUAUCGAGUCGCCGUACCAUGAGGUGAGCGGUCUGCCGGAGUACGGCAUGCGCGGUGGCGCGGAGGAGGGCGGCGCGGAGGAGAAGCCGCUGCACAUGUCGCUGGGCUACGACGAGUCGCUGGAGUCGGGCUACUCCACGCCCAACUCGCGCGCGCGCCGCGUCAUCCGCGAGAUCAUCGUAUGAACACGGCUGUAAGCUGGCCGCGCGCCGCUCGGCCGCUCGGCCGCGCUCGUGUCGCGUCGCGCCCCGAGUCCGCCCCUGACUUCCCUUCACUUGUUGCCCCCAUCUGCAGGCUCAACAUAAACUCUCAUUGCCAGUCAGUUCGAGAGCUGUUACUGCGUGAAACUCGUAUUGUAUGUGAAGUUGGCGGUCAUGCAUCGGAACGGAUUUUGCACAGCUGGUGCCCUACAAAUGAUAACAAGAUAAGUGUAGCUAGUGCGUGAGAACAGUAAUUCUGUUGUGAUAAGUCGAGUAAAAUAUUUUUAUACAGGGAAGGAAAAUUGAACUAGAUUAAGCCAGCCAGUGUGACGGACUUACAAACUUCGCGAGUGCCGUGAAACUAAAAGUGUUAUUAUUAUAUCGUAAAACGGAAAUCAAAUUACGUUUUCACAGGUGAUUAACUGAAUCUUUUUUUUAGAUUUAAUUGUCAUCAUAAACGAUAGACAAUAAAUCUUGAAGUCGAUAUAAAGUUAUGAUUCCUUUUGGGGCAUUUAUGUUAUCUAUAUGCAAUCAGGUAUAAAAUGAAACCCCAGAUGGUUAUAUUCCACUUUUUUUCUCAAAUAUUAUAAUGAGAAAGAUUUGGAUUUACUAUUCUUGUAUAUCUUUUUUAUAAGUUUCAUGAAGAGGUACUGUUAAAUAAUACAAAGGUAUUUAAGAUAAGGAAGUUGCCAUAAAAUCGCUUAGUUCUUAAAUUAAAAUACCUUUCUGUCGCGAAGAACUGGUACAAAAGCGAUAGAACGUAUUAAGUAAGCUCUUUUUCUUAUAUAAGUAAAAUCUAUUUUGCCUUCAUCCUUCAUAUAAAUUUCGAAACUAUAAAGGUUUCGUACGAUAACGAAUGAUAUGUGAUCUCCAUAGCUCAUAUUUUGUAAAUGUGGUUUAUAAUUGACUUAUGCAAGUAUGGUGCGAGUGGUGUAAAUAAAUCAUCGAAGUGUAGAAGUAUAGUGAUCAUUAUCGACAUUGUCAAUUGUGAUGCUAGAGUGUAUGGAACGUUCGUAGAGUUUACGAGCACUGAAGUAAUGGAGCCUUCAUUUGGCCUGACAGAGAUCGCGCUCGCUAUUCAUUUGUUUCGGAACAUUCCCAUUCUGAUUUUGUCAAUGACCCCGCCGUUCAUUUCAAUUUCGACGAAUUUGGAACCACUAACAUUUGUGCUAUACAUUCAGCUCUAUUCGAAUAAAAUUAAUAACGGUAUAAGCUAUACAAAUCCACAGUAUUAAUAUACCAACAACAUUUUAAGAGAUCUCAUUAUUGGACAAGAAAUUAUGUGCUGAUUUAAAUCUCCAAGCAAUAUUCUGAGCCAAAUAAUCUUGUCGAUGUCCCGAAAUUCCUGGUAACGCGGCCUUAAGACGUGAUCUGGUAAUAGCGUAAAUUCUGUAUGAAUUGCAAUGAUGAUACAAGAAUACGACUCCCCCGGAACAUUGUUUAGCAACAGCAGUAAUUACAUUUUAUUCUAUAUUAAAAUGAGUUUGCAGAAAAAUAAUUAAGUUUUCCAUCACAGUUUCAUUCAAAGUAGGUUAGAACGUUGAAGCACACAAAACAAAUUAUAACCUUAGGAUCUUUUGCAGACACACGAGUCAAAUCAUGUUUGCGCAAAUAUUAGUUUUCCAUUACGCUUUUGUUGCGUGAUCUUAUGUCAUGUCACUUGGUAAUUUCUAGUCUCUUAAACUCUAUUAUGUUUGAAAGGAAUUCAAACGGCAUUCAUCACAAUGCAUUAUUGGAAUAUUGAGGAGUUCAGAUCUUUAAUAGAAUAAGAUUAAUUAUGAGAAUGAUGUUAUUGGUUUCACAAAUAUUAUGAUAAGGUAAAUAUUGGUUAAUUGUAAAUAUACACCCGUGUUAUGUCAAUGUUUGUUCUGGGAUGAUACUCUUGAUAUUAUUUUCUGGUAGUGAUGGGUUCUUAGGGCUCAGAUCUAUUACGCGUAAUGAUCUAGAUGUAUGGAAUAACAACAUGUUUUGGCUGCAGCCAGGGGCGUAGUGAGGGUUUCGUUCAGACAAUGCACUGCGGUGUAUUGAUUUCUAUCACAAGUGUCUUCAGGUUGCCUAGGGUUGAGGACCUCGAAGCCAAAUCUCCUCAUUCCUAGAUAACCUCUUUGCGCGCCAUGCCCGUGGUUACAGCCCUCGACAAAAGACUGUCAAACUAGAAUUCGGGGACAUGUCUGUGUAAUAUUUCACAUAGUAUGUACGUGGCACAUUUAAUUAUGUCCUUUAAUGUAUUACCUGAUUCAAAGUAUACAUUGCAGGACGUGAAUUUCAAUGUCGCAUUCGCAUUCUUUUACAAGCAUACUUAUUUUUUUGAACAUCUUUAGUAAACGCUUUUUUAGGAAAUAUGACAGACUUUGACGAUGUUGAGAGCCCCCUAAAUGUUAUUUUUAAUUACUAGUUUCAGUUACGGCUAACUGUGACAUGAAUUUACUAAGCACUGCCUUUGUGGUACUACUCAUACAUGUUUAUUGCGAAAGUGUUAAGAAUGUCUAUAAAGUGCUAAUUUCACGAAUUUAUCAAGUGCUUCUUUUCACGUGUAAAGCACUAUAAUUUAUAGGCAUCUAAUAUACACAUUUUAAUCUAAAAUUCUAGCUAGAUGCAAUAUGUUUUUUUUUUUGUAACUAGAAACUUAUGUGGUUAAGCAUCUAUAGAUUUUUUAGACUGUGACGGUCAGUCUAAGGUGCCUACGACAUACGAAAGUUAUAUUUUAUACAAUUCAUCAGAUAUUUUUAAGUAGAUAUAUAUUAUCUACACUGAAAUGACGUAUAUUUAGAUACUUAAUACAAUGCAACUGAAGUUUAUAAUUAAUUUCAAAAUCUACUUAAAAACUUAAAACAUAAAACAUCGCUUUUCAGAAACUUAUUUUAGAUUUAUAUCUGCGAAAGUAGGUAAAUGAAUUGUGACGGUUUCAGGAGUUUCCCAAGCUAUGUUUUAGUGCCAAUCUACUAUAAACGUUAUUAUGAACGACUACUUAAAUAAGAAACACGAGAUUUUGAGUUUCGUUUAUUUCAAUCAUUUGUAAAUUAUAUUAUGUUUAUAGUCUGUGUUUAAUUACACUUUGCGUAAUUUGGUAAUUAGCGGCACUAGAAGCUUGAUUUUUGAUAACAAUUAAACUAUUAUUUCCGAAUUUUAUUAAAGUACAGAAUCCUCUCUAAUUAUUCCUACCAUCAAUCCAUUUUGUUUUGCAUAAGUUGUAGCUUAAAAUUACGAAAUUGCCCACCUUAAAAAGAAUCUUCAAUUUUGUUUUCUCAUUAUUUUAAUAAAAUUAUAAAUUUUAGAAAUUAGAGUAUUUAAUAUUUUUUUUUAAUUGACAUUUUUAUUUAUUGUUUGUGUACUUGUCCAACGGUAAAUGUGAUGGCAGAUGUUAAAUUAAGUGGGUGUUACAUUAUAUUUGUAACUUGUCAAUUAUUCUUGUAGCGUAAGGACGUAGAAGGUUCAAAUCUCAUUUAAAACUUUUCCGUAUCGCAAAUAGAUAUUAAAAUGUACGCGUAAAAUGUUUAGACUUUAUAUUAUGGGGGAAAAGUCUAUUGAUCUCUUAUUUCAAAUACACAUGUGUGUAAAUGUUCCGACAAUCAAUGAUUACAAACGAGGGAAAGUAUUUGACACGCCACCGUUCAUAUCGACUUCCAUUCGAGGAAAUUAAUAAAUGAUUUUCCGAUUCACUAUGUACUGUUUAUCACCUAUUACGUCGUACAUAUAUUUAUUGCACUUUGUGAAAGCAUGUUUUCGCGUUUCAGUCUUUUCUCACAGUGAUUCUGACAGGUUUAUUUUAACACUGCCAGGUAUAAUAAGCUGAUUAUUUUUGAAUUAUUGUAAUUCACGUUGAUUGCAGUUCGCGACAAAUAACUUUAUGUUACUGAAGUUAGUACUUGAUGUCUCACGCAAGUAGUGUUUUGUUUGUUUAUUUUUGUAUUGUGAAGUCAAUAGUAAUAGCCGACUACGGACAAGCAAAACUUCUCGACUAGAUCUGUAGGAACGAACAAAAAUGCACAAUGAGUCAAAUGGCUAACUUAGAAACGCAAAGUUAUUUAUUGCGAACUUUACUGCUAAAUGCUCAACAAUUAUACUCACAUAUGUACGCAUUAUGAACACUGCCUAUAUAUAUUUGCUUAUUUAUAUGUAUAAGAAAACGCAACACAUAAUUUUAUAUUAUUUCAUAUUAAAAUGAAAUUUAAAGGUGACCAUCGAUAUUUGUAAAUAGGUAGGUACUUUUUUACAAUAACAUUGUAAUUUACAAUAAAUAAGUACUUAUUAUAUAUAUAUUUGAUAGGUUUUAAUUAAUAUCUAACCACGUUUCCAUUUUCUUGGUCAUUGAGUUCACUUCGACAAGUUUAAUUAUAGUCGAAAUUAUAGAUUAAGCAAUGUACUCGGAACGUAUGUUGCAGAAAUUAAACGCAAUACUCUAGGAAGUGGAAAUGAGGAUUAAGAUUUCCAACAAUGAACAUCAAAUUCAUUGUUUAUUAUAGAUAAGUAUUACAAUUAAUGUUACGAUUUGUAUAUAGUACUUUAAACCACAAGUAAGACUUAUUAAAUAAAUUUUGUCCAUAAUA